AUGCUAAAUUUAGUCUGUCUUCUAGCUGAUAUUCUUAUUGUCCAAAGUGAUAAAAAUAAAGGCAGCCAAAACUGAAUUAAUGAAGCAAGAAGACAAUUUGAGGCGGUUGUUGACUGACACUAUUGCAACUAUACAGCAAUUUCAGAGUGCCUCGAUAUUUAUCCUGAUACUUUAAUCGUUCUUGAUUUAUCAGACGAUUUUGAAAUACAACUGAGCCUUAUCUCAACUUUGUGAAGAAAACAAGAAAAUCCACUUGGUUCCUCAGAAAAAGUUAUGAGUCUUUAUUACUAUGACGAAUGGACGUAUACCAUCGUCUCUUCUCAUUCAGCUCAAAUGAAUGCAUACUUUGCAGUUUUAGAUUGCUUUAACUGGACUCAAGGACUUGUAAUUUCUGACGAAGAUAACAUAUACAGCAAAAAAGAAUUUUUUAGAAUAUUCAGCAACUUUUAA